UACAAAAUCUCACUCAUUUCUCUUUACUCUCAUUCAUCAUUUUCCCCCACACAAAACACAAAGAGAACUAUUAUCAUCACUAUUAUGGCUGAUGUUCGUCAUCCCCACCAAAUUCAAGUUCAUCCACAACACCCUCGUUAUGAAGGUGGCGUGAAAACUCUUCUUCCUCAAAGAGGUCCUUCAGCUACCCAAGUUCUAGCCAUUGUCACACUUCUUCCUGUCGGGGCGACGCUCUUGGGGAUUGCCGGCCUGACCCUCCUCGGGACGAUUAUAGGUCUUUGCGUUGCUACUCCGGUGUUUUUACUCUUCAGCCCGGUUCUUGUUCCAGCUGCUCUCACUGUUGCGCUAGCUGUCACUGGAUUCUUGACUUCAGGUGCCUUUGGAUUAACGGGGCUGUCAUCACUUUCUUGGAUUGUCAAUUACUUUAAGCAAGGGAGGACUGUUACUGAACAAUUGGACUAUACAAAGAGGCGGAUGCAGGAACGAAUGGCAGAUGCUGCGGCGCAAGUGGGACAAAAGACUAAGGAUGUUGGACAAGCAAUCCAGAGCAAAGCUCAGGAAGGAAAAGAAGGUGGCAGGACUUAGAUCUUACAGUUUAUAUCAAGAUGGAAAUAAUAAUGUGGAACAUGUAGUUUAAUUUAGUUGUUUUUUCCAGCUUUGUGAGGUGUAGUAGCGUGCAGUGUAUUCUGUUGUGUUGUUAGUUUGUCUUCUGUGUUGUCUUGUUUUUUUUUAAAAUGGGAACAUUAGUUUGCCUUUCUGUGUUGUCUUUCUUUUUUCUUUCUUUUUCUUGUUUUUGAAAAUGGGAACAUUAGUUCGCCUCCUGUGUUGUGUCAAGCUAUAUAUAUCAAUCUAUUUAUACUA